AUGUCCACCGCUAAAUACACCGAGACCUGGCUCUCUGGUCCGCUGGAUACCAGUUUCUAUACCCGCACUUACGCUCCCCCACCCUCAACUCCCCCUAAAGCUGCUCUCGUCUUCUUGCAUGGCUUUGCCGAACACGUCGGGAGGUACACCCAUUUCCAUCCUUUACUCGCUGAGCGCGGUAUUACUGUCUUUGCGUACGACCAACGCGGCUUUGGCUUGACCGCGCAGGACACCGAGGGAAAGAAGAGUAAGGGAAGUGCCUAUGGAAAGACUUCAUGGAAGGACCAGAUGAGAGACAUCGACUGGGCAAUAAGCCAUGUCAAGGAGACAUUUAAAGGUCUCCCUGUCUUUUUAAUGGGUCAUUCCAUGGGUGGCGGCGAAGUGUUGAGCUAUGCGGCUCGGCCAGAUCAUUCUCAAACCAAUAUCUCGUCUCUCUCCGGUAUUAUUGCAACGAGCCCUCUUAUUUCCCAAACCACACCCGCUCCCAAGCUCUUGAAAUGGAUUGGCGGAAAGCUGAGCGUGUUAGCGCCACAUAGCUUGAUCCCAGCAGACGUCAAGGCAGAGGAACUGUCGCACGACGCUGAUUCCAACGAAGCCUACUUGAAAGACCCACUCAUCAAACAAUCAGGUUCACUGAAAGGAAUACAUGAUAUGUUGAGUAGGGGCGAAAGUCUUCUUCAUACCGCACAUAAGGAUUGGCCCAAGGACUUACCUGCUUUUAUAAUUCACGGAACAGAGGAUAAGGUUACAUGCCACAAAGCUUCUCAAACCUUCCAUGACAAGAUACCUGCAUUGAAGAAAAAGAUUACACUCUUCCCAGGUGGUUAUCAUGAGUUGCAGAACGAGCCCGAUGGCGUUCAGGAGAAAUUGGCGGAUGAAAUCAAAACCUUUGUUGAUGAACACGCCUCGAGUGCUGCAGAUGUCGAGCCAUCCUCAGAGACUGAAACUCCCUCAAAGGAUGCUGCUGGUGCUACUACGGUGGAGAAAGCAAAGAUGUAACUUUCUGUUGACAUCGCGUUUGCAAAUUAUACCAGGCGGAUAUGAAUAGGGCUAAUAGGGGAUACCUGGCGCUGAUUGACCAACUAUUACUGUUAUGAUAUUGAUUUUGUAUUCAUAAUUUAAUUGAUGCUGAGGGCUUCACUACGAAAGCCAACGAAUCGC